GUUUAAUCAUUAAUAGUGAGCCCUUUGGCUAACUCAGGUCCUGAUUUUGGAGUUUGGAAUCUGACCUUUCCCUAAAGAUAAACAUUAUUGUGGCAGGUUGUGAGUAGGGCCACUUUCUCACUGGCUGCCAUCGGCAGAGUCCUCUUCUCAGUGACUCGUAGCUGGAACCUGGAUGCAACAGGGAUAGCCAGUCACUAUGAUUCUUCUCGCUGUGUUUUUUCUCUGCUUCAUUUCUUCAUAUUCAGCUUCUGUUAAAGGUCACACAACUGGUCUCUCAUUAAAUAAUGACCGGCUGUACAAGCUCACAUACUCCACUGAAGUUUUUCUUGACCGGGGCAAAGGAAAACUGCAGGACAGCGUGGGCUACCGACUUUCAACCGGUGUGGACGUUGUCUUGCUGUGGAGGAAUCCUGACGGUGAUGAUGACCAACUGAUCCAAAUUACGAUAAAGAAUGUACAUGUUGAAAAUGUGAAUCAGCAGAGAAUCAAAGAGUUCUAUUCAUAUCAAAAUGAACCAGUGGCCAUAGAAAAUCUCAAGAGAGGCCUGGCUAGCCUAUUUCAGACCCAGUUAAGCUCUGGAACCACCAAUGAGGUAGACAUCUCUGGGGAUUGUAAAGUGACCUACCAGGCUCAUCAAGACAAAGUGAUCAAAACUAAGGCCUUGGAUUCAUGCAAAAUAGCAAGGUCUGGAUUUACAAUCCCAAAUCAGGUCUUGGGUGUCAGUUCGAAAGCCUCAUCUGCCACGACCUAUAAGAUAGAAGACAGCUUUGUUGUAUCCGUGCUUGCAGAAGAAACACACAGUUUUCGACUGAAUUUCCUACAAACCAUUACAGGGAAAAUAGUAUCAAAGCAGAAAUUGGAGCUGAAGACGACCGAAGCAGGCCCAAGGCUGAUGUCUGGCAAGCAGGCUGCGGCCGUGAUCAAAGCUGUUGAUUCGAAGUACAAGGCCCUUCCCAUCGUGGGACAGGUCUUCCAGAGCGAGUGCGAAAGGUGCCCUUCUCUCCCGGAGCACUGGCAGAUCGUCAGGAAGCACCUGCAGCCUGCCAACCUCUCCAAGGCCGAGGCCGUCAGAAACUUCCUGGUCUUCGUUCAGCAUCUCAGAACUGCAAAGAAAGAAGAGAUCCUUCAAAUCCUAAAGACAGAAAACAAGGAAGCAGUGGUUGAAGCUAAGAAGUUAAUCCUGGGAGGACUAGAAAAAACAGAGAACAAAGAGGACAUCAAGAUGUAUCUGCUGGCUCUGAAGAAUGCCCUGCUUCCAGAAGGUAUCCCACUUCUUUUGAAGUAUGCGGAAGCUGGAGAGGGGCCCGUCAGCCACCUUGCUACUACUGCUCUCCAGAGAUACGACGUCCCUUUCAUAACUGAUGAGGUGAAGAAGACCUUGAACAGGAUAUACCACCAGAAUCGUAAAAUUCAUGAGAAGACCGUGCGUACCACUGCGGCCACUGUCAUUUUAAAUAACAAUCCAUCCUACAUGGAAGUGAAAAACAUCCUGCUUUCUAUUGGGGAGCUGCCCAAAGAAAUGAAUAAAUACAUGCUCGCCCUUUUUCAAGACAUUUUACGUUUUGAAAUGCCUGCAAGCAAAAUGGUCCGCCGGGUUCUGAAGGAGAUGGUAGUUCACAAUUAUGACCGUUUCUCCGGGACUGGAUCCUCUUCUGCCUACACUGGCUACAUACAACGUGAGCCCCGUUCGGCGUCCACGUACAGCCUGGACAUUCUUUACUCUGGCUCUGGCAUCCUCAGGAGAAGUAACCUCAACGUCUUCCAAUACAUGGGGAAAGCCAGUCUUCAUGGUAGCCAGGUGGUCAUAGAAGCCCAAGGACUGGAGGCCUUAAUUGCGGCCACUCCCGACGAGGGGGAGGAGAACCUAGACUCCUACGCCGGCAUGUCAGCCAUUCUCUUCGAUGUCCAACUCAGGCCUGUCACCUUUUUCAACGGAUACAGUGACUUGAUGUCCAAAGUGCUGUCUGCAUCUGGCGACCCCAUCAGUGUUGUGAAAGGGCUCGUUCUGCUAAUAGAUCAUUCUCAGGAGCUUCAGUUGCAAUCUGGACUGAAGGCCAACAUAGAGGUCCAGGGUGGUCUAGCUAUUGAUAUCUCGGGUGCAAUGGAGUUUAGUCUGUGGUAUCGUGAGUCUAAAACCCGAGUGAAAAAUCGGGUGAGUGUGGUAAUAACUGGUGACGUCACAGUGGACUCCUCCUUUGUGAAAGCCGGCCUGGAAACCAGUGCGGAGACAGAAGCAGGCCUGGAGUUCAUCUCCACCGUGCAGUUCUCUCAGUACCCGUUCCUGGUCUGCAUGCAGAUGGACAAGGACGCGGCUCCCUUCAGGCAACUGGAGACAAAGUACGAAAGGCUGUCCACAGGUAGAGGUUACGUCUCCCGGAAAAGAAAAGAGCACCUAGUGGCAGGAUGUGAAUUCCCGCUCCACCAAGAGAACUCUGAGAUGUGCAGAGCGGCGUUUGCCCCUCAACCGGAGAGUACGUCCAGCGGAUGGUUUUGAAACUGACCAGUGAUAUUUCACUGGAAUUUGUCUCCCCAAAGGGAUGCCAUGUGACAUGCUUAAGUACUUGCUCUCUGGGAGCACAGUGUUUACAUAUUCACCUGUAUUUAAGAUUUUUGUAAAAAGUUAUGGAAAACUUCCAUUGAUCAAAUUUGGGGCUAUUCAGUAUACUACCCCAGGGUCACUUUGAGUGAUCAUGUGACACCUUUAACGACAUUCUUAGUUUUCUUGUAUCUCUCUCAAAUCCCAUUUGGUACAGUGAGAAUAGUUCUGCUCUACGAGGAAACUAGUGUUUGUUAAAAACAAAAGCAAACCCACACACACUCAGGAGAACCCAAUUUCGUUUCAACAAUUUUCAAUGUAUAUGAAGCCCCUUGAUAGGACCUUGAGCAUGGCAAGAAAACCAAACCUGUUGCCUAAUCAGAAAAAAGACAGGCCAUUUUUUUUUUCUUUUUCUUUUUUUUUAUGGGGGCAGAAUUUGGGUCGUCGGGGAAGUGGGGACGAGACUUUUGUUAGCCAGCUCCAAGAAUUAAUAUUUAUGUCUUCCGUUACUGUUAGUUUUAUUAAGCGCUAAGGUAGAAGGCACACAGGGUUAAAACACACAGUCUCAUCUUUCUACUGACCGUGCAGUGAGGUUGCUUGGAAGCCAUUCAGACCUCUAUUUCCAGCCCUGCAAAAAUAUUGAACUUAGCACACAGGAGUCAGAAAAAUUAAUUUCACAAACUCCAUUUGAUUUUUCUUGUGUUGUGUCUUUUUGAGACUGUAAUGUGGUACACUGUCCUUUAUAAGGGACAUCCUCUUAUAGUCACCAUUUUGUCUCUGCCUCACUCAUUUCGUGGUGGAAGAGCCAGUCCAUUUGACGGCACUUUGCACAGUAGUUAGAAUGACUGAGAGAACAUUGCUUCAAGAAACCAGUGGAUUUGGAUUUCUGAACUAUGAAAUCAAUAACAGAAUGUCUUGAAAUUCAUGUGAAUUAAAAGAACCAUGCUGAACAUUCGCAAAUAUUUAUUAAUAAAAACAGAUGUGUUUAUUGUGAUAAACUCAAAAUAAAUGACAGGUGCUCAUUCAUCCAUCGAACACACGCCCACGUAAGACGGAAGUUUAGCUGGCCCACUAUUGGUUAUAAAUUGAAAAUCAAGUGUGAUGAAAUAAAUAUGUG